AAAUGGAACUUUAAUUUGCCACUAGGCACUGCUUUGGUCAACAUAGUUGGGUCCUCUGCUAAAAGCCGCGAAUUUGCUCGCGGGGUAGGGUGAGGGAGGGUCCUUAAUCAAUCAUGGCAGAAAGAGCUCGGGAGUUGGUUGCAUCGCUUCUCAACGACAGGAGUUUUAUGGACUCUAUUGCGAAUGCGUGUAGUAGUAGUGCUCCUAGUGCACAGCCGUCAUUUGGGCAUGUAGAAGAUGAAGUUCGUUCACUUUUCAAUAGAGGGCCACAAAUAAGAGCACCCGAUGCAAAUGCAUGUAACGUUAUUCACACCAACAGCGAUUUCAGCCUGCACUUGAGUGGCAUGUCCUGCCCACCGCCACCGCCUUUGCCUGCCCAGUCGUAUAAUUUAAGGCGUCUGCCGAGGGUAAACGUCGGAAGACAAACAAGACGUGUUCAAGGACCUCCUCAGCUUGAGACUUUUACAAAGGAGGUUGUGCUUCUUCCAGACAACACGACUACCCUUGUGCCACGACGAGCAGAUAAAGCCUGGUUGUUUGAUAAUGGCCAUGUGAAAUCUGCAGUAGAAUUUAACAUUCAAUGGGGCGAGUCAGAGGUGAUGUCCACAAUUCGGAGGGCUUUUAUGCCACAGGUUGAUGGUUGUAGUUUGCAGUUGCCACAGCAAACUUGUGAAACCAUCUCUAGCACCCCAUCAAGAAAUGAGUGGGCGUAUGUUAAAGAAGGUUUUCCACCAACGCUCAGUAUAUGUGCUGCCUGACAAAGUACUGCUUGACCAAUCUUCAAGUGAAAGUGGGGAAGAAAGUCCUGGAUCUGAGAUUGGAAGUUCAGUUGCUUCCUCAAAGAGUGAGACUGUUGUAGUUCAGCAAGAUGUACCACAUGUUGUGAUGGAUCAGCAGCAAGACAGACACAGAAUAAUGUCUGAUCUCCCAGAGGAGGAAAGCAAUGUGAUAUUGAUCUCGCAAACAGGUCCACGUGAGACGGUCAGAACAAGCACAUUAUAUGGUGAGUAUGUGAAUUUGCUGGAGAUAGAGGAGUAUGAACCAGAAGAUGCAAGCCUUCAGGAAGCAAUUGCGAACUCCCUGUCUGAGACGAGUUUCAGAACUGUGAACAGUGAUUGUCCAACGAUUGAAGACAUUAUCAGAGAGCUUAAUCAACAACUCAACCCUAAUGAAGUGGUUCGAUUUAAUAUAAUCAGAAGGAACGUGUGGGAUGGGGCCACAAGAGCAAUGGCAAGACCUAACUUUUCCCCUGCCAAGACAGUGGAUGUUAAGUUCACAGAUGACCAUGGUAUUUCUGAGGGAGCCGUAGAUAAUGGUGGACCCACUAGAGAAUUUUUCAGAUUAUGUCUUCAAGAAGUAAAAGACUCUUGUGGAAUGUUUGAGGGACCACCAAACAUGAAGUUAUUGUCAUGCAAUUCCAAAGCUACAAGAUCCAAUUGGUACUUUCUGGCAGGUCAGCUGAUGGCCAUGUCAAUUGUACAUGGAGGUCAAAGUCCUGCUUUCCUAUCUCCUGUACUUUUUAAUGCACUGGUCAUGGGUCCUGAUAAGGUCAAGGUUACCAUCUCGGACGUGCCUGAUGUUGAAACGAGUCAGAAGUUGCAAUUGAUCAAAGAUGCAAAGACAGACAAGGAGUUGCAGGAAGCUGUGUUUGCAGCAUCAUGUCUAAUAAGUCUUGCAGGAUGCAGCCGCAAGAUAACGCUGACAAACAAAGAAGAGGUGUGCACAGAACUGGCAGAAUGGUAUGUGCUACAGAGAACAAGGGCACCAUUUGAAAGGUUCCGUGAUGGUCUUCAAAGCUUGGGUGUCUUGGAUGCACUUCAGAAAUACCCAGAAAGGUUUCAAGAAGUAUUCAUGAAAACAGCCAUUCCACUGACAGCUACAGCUGUUGAGGUUCUCUUCAAGUGCAAGAUGGCUGAGCGAGGCAGCAACAGGUUUGAUGCGCAGUGUCGUACCUUGGGUUAUUGGCGAGACUACCUCCAAGAUGCAGAGGUUGACCUAGAGGCAGUCACCUUGGAAGAAAUCCUCAUCUUCUCAACUGGUUGUGACUCCAUUCCUCCUCUGGGCUUUUCCCCUCUACCUUCUCUGGAGUUUGAGGAAUGCUCUGCAUAUCCAACAGCCAAUACAUGUGACAACAUCCUCAGGGUACCCAUUAAAACUACAUAUGAAGAUUUUAAAUUAGCCAUGGAUUUUGGCAUUCGCAAUGCGGCAGGGUUUGGAAAAGCAUAAAUAAGAUUUGUGGAAAAGCAUAAAUAAGAUUUGUGACCUCCAGCACAAGAGGUCUAGAUUUUCAGUUAUGUAUUCUGUUGAAUUGGACCUUCUAUUUUAGUUUUUCUUAAAUUGAAAAGGCUUUGAAGAACUUAAAAUUGUUUAGUGAUUUCUAUGUUCAGAGCAAACUUAUAAAAACAAGCAAAACAAAAAGCAAAUGUUGGACUGUACUAUCAUAAGAAUUUACAAGUAAAUGCGUCUGAAGCAUUUUUCAUUUUACACUGGAUUAUUCAUAUGCUGUAUGUUUUAGUUUUUGAGGAUUGUUUGAUUUAUUUCUGGUUUUAUUAGUACAUAUAGAUACAUUCUGAAUUUCUAAAUUAAUGUUAACAGUUGUUUCUCUUUUAUUUAAUGUAAUUUUGAGGCACUGUUUGGUAUUAUGUCCUGUUUUAGGGUCAAUGUCAAGUUGUGGGAAAAUGUAGUUUAAGAAUUGCUAAAAGCAAUUAAAGUACUGUUGAAUGUGUUAAUGGCAUGUUCAAAUAAAAAUGUUUCAUAGUAUUGACAUUUUGCUGUUCUUUAACUCAUCGUUAUGUCUAAUUGUUAAUAUUUGAAGAUUGACCUCAUUUAUUUGAUUAGUUAUUUGUGUAAAUGUGUUAUUGGUGAAGAAUCAGUGGCCUUAACUGGGAAAUCUGGCAAGGCUUGUCACAAUUUAUGAAAAAUUAAGCAAUAAUUAAUUGCCACAAACGGAAUUGAGGCUCACGAUUUCUUUAACAUCAAAUAAACAUUACUCACUGCCACCCUCUUAAGGAGUUAUUAACAAAUAUCAAAAACAAAUGUUACUAGUGCUGCCCUUUAAAGGCUUUAUUAACAAACAACAAAUAAACAAAUAUUACUUUUGCCACC